ACGACGCAGUGACGCACUGUAGCAAAUAUAGGCCUUCUCACUCUCUCGGACGUAAGGUGACCAUCAGCUCUCAAGAUUUAUGUAUAUGAGGCCUAUAUGGAUUAAGUAGUGGAAUAGACUGCAAAAAGGAGUAGUUGGAAAGGAUUUGACAAUCUGGUUGUGAUCAUAGUGUGCUUUAAACAAUGAACCCGCCCGGACAAGGCUAUCCACCGCCCCAACAGGGAUACCCUCCACCUCAGCAAGGGUACCCACCGCCCCAGCAAGGGUACCAACAGCCACAGCAAGGAGGGUACCCUCCACCACCCCAACAAGGAGGGUAUCCACCGCCACAACAAGGGUACCAGCCGCAACAACAGGGAGGGUAUCCUCCGCCCCAACAAGGUUACCCACCACCCCAACAGGGAGGGUACCCACCGCCACAACAAGGUUACCCACCACCACAACAAGGAGGGUACCCACCACCACAACAAGGGUACCAACAGCCACCUCAACAGCAGCAACCGGUGCCAAUGGAGGUUGGCCAAGCACCUCCUCCACAUCAACCUACUGGACCACUGGGAUCAGCUGCUCCUACUCAGGAUAGGGGUAAUGCUGUGUUACCAGGGGGUGUAGAUCAAGGCACCGCCCAACCUGCUGGGGGUGCUAAACCCCCGAUGGCCAAAUACGUUGGUGAUAUUCCCGAUGAAGAUGUAUCGGGAGAUUCCGAUGAUGAAGUUACGGACGCUCCCACUACCGAAUUAGCAUAUGAUAAGAUGGAUAAGGUCACUGGAUAUGAUGAUGUGAUGGGGGUCAACUUUUUACCACCCCCUCCACCUACGUAUGACGAGGCUGUCAAACGCCCCACCCAUCAGACCGACGGGGUGUUACCUACACUCUCUGACUCUGAAGCUCGCGAGGCGUUGUUAUCCCACAUAGCUGAGCAGUGUUGCUGGGGAAAGAGAGCUGCAGAGGGUCUCACCUUCACUAAUAUUGAACACAGCGCAGCUUUUCAUUACACACUGGAGACCUUUAGUGAAAGGCGAACAACUAAAUGGGUUCAUACUCCUUAUGUUGGUCAACCUAUUGAUGGACCUCACAAUGGACCAGCUCCACUCCCAUGGGCCAUCACUGCAGAUUUCCCGGCCCUCUUUAAAAAUCACACCAGGAAGAUUGAAGUGCCCCAUACAGCAUCAGUAAAACCUUGUCACAACUGUCGUGUGACUGGUUAUAUUCGCUGCCCAAGGUGUUACGGAAGAGGAAAUGUUCGUUGUCGCCGUUGUGGUGGUGACGGUAGGAGGAGGGUCAGACGUUACAAUUCCAACACCAAGCAUCAUUACUAUACUACGGUUACAUGCCAUAGCUGUGGAGGGGAUGGCAGGAGAACAUGUUUCCGUUGUAGUGGCUAUGGCCAGAUCACAUGUCCAGUAUGUGAAGGCAACACCCAGCUCAAAUGUUACAUAGAACUCACAGUCGAAUGGAUCAAUCACGUUGAGGACAAUAUCGUAGAGAGGACUGCUCUACCGGAUGAACUCAUCCGUAAUGUCACAGGCAAGAUGGUGUUUGAGGAAGAACUUCCAAAGGUGUGGCCUAUAACACAUUUUCCGGAUGAAGCCAUCAACCAGGCAUCUCAGAGAAUCGUCAAGAGACACGAGGACUCAUUCAAGAAUGAGAGAUUGCACAAGCAGCGUCAUCAUGUUCGGAUCAUCCCUGUGGCUGAACCAAAGUGCCUGUAUAACGACAAAGCAUUUGUAUUCUUUGUCUAUGGCUUUGAGCAUCGGGUGUAUGCUCCCGAAUACCCCAUGCAGUGUUGCUGGGGUUGUAGCGUGCUUUAGGGAGAUACCCCAUGAAGUGUUGAUGGGGUUGAAGUGUGCUGGAGGGGUUGUAGGGAGAUACCACAUGCAGUAUGUCUAGGGUUGUAGCAUGCUGUAGGGAAGGUUCCUCAUGCAUUCCUGGGGUUAUAGCUUGUUGAAGGGAAAUAUCCUGAUGCAAUGUGGCUGGGGUUGUAGCAUGCUGUAGGGAGGGCAAGUAGUUUGUUUCCACUUGGUCUACAACAAGCAGUUGAUCUUCUUCUCACACAGUCAAAUACCACAUGGGCUAAACCCCUUUGGUCUAUGGUCAGUUUGAACUAAUUACCGGUACCAUUCGUCUACACUACACUUUGCCAAAUUCUCAUUUUACUCUAAUGCAAAGAUGGUUUAAUUUUCACUUACAUGUAGUCUACUUUUUAUUUUGCACUUUGUCAAAGAAAAGCUUAGACUAGAGAGACAAAACAUUGUAUUGUAUUAUAUUGCAUUGUAUUCCAAAUUAUCAAAACACUACUUUUCAGCUGUCUUAUAUUUCUGCCAAAUGAUAGUAAGAGUUAUACAUUUAAUAACAAUGACUGGUGGAAAUAUCAUAGAAUUUUCCAUCCUACCAGUAGAUUUUCUUAGAAAUGGUACUACACAUUAUUCAUAUAAUACUGGGAAUAAGGCUUGACUAUUGAGGUCAAAAUAUAUGUAUUUUAAAUACAUACUGUAUAUAAAUUGUAUAUAUUUCAAGAAUGUGUGUACAUGCAUGAGAUUGUAUAACAAUCAUUUCAUCUCCCAUAUUUGAUGGAUUCAGAAUAUUUAGGUCUUUUCAAUCAAAUUUCUAUAUUUCAUAUUUGUAUAUUAUUGUAGGAUUGACAUUGAUAUUGUAUUUUAUAAGAUAUUGUAUGAUGUGAUUGGAUCUCUCAUUGCAAGAACAGUUUUUUACAUUACAAGGAAUUUAAUUUUUUUAAUUUUUGAUUUUCUAAGGCGAUAAAAAAUCAAAAUCUCAAUCUGUUAAACUUAUUUUUUACAUUAUAUUAUACAUAUAUAUAUAUAAGGUCAUUAAUUAAUGAGAUGAUUACUUUCAAAUCAAUUCCUACAAACCUGUUGAGCAUACUAGUAUAUACUUGUUCGUUAUUUAACUUAACUCUUUUACAUAUGUGAGUGCAGUAGAUCUUUGCAUGACAUAAAUCCUCAUAUUUCUUUUCAUUACAACAUGAAAACUACAGAAAUUUGCUUUAUUUAUUGAAAUCAUCUCAUUAUCUAAAUAACCAAUCAAGUGUGAACAUUGUAAUAAAUAAACUAUCUUCUAUUUUCAACUUUAA